AUGAAUAUUCUUCUUUGGACAUUUUUUCUGAAAGGAAUUGGGUGUUUUGAAAAAAUGGGGUGGAUGGAGGAAUUGUCAAGUUCUGUUGAAUCUUGGGGGUAUAAACACUUGGAGCAAGAAUCAGCCCCUGAAUUUUCUGUAGAUGACAUCCGCCUUCGUGCUUUUGUGCUAAGAGAGGGAAGAAUGCCUAGAAGAAAUACAAAAAACUCAAAAAAUAAUUCCCACGAUUUUGAGGAGGAAAAUAAAUUAUUUAAAAAACGACUUCCAAUAGAAGAACAACAAUUAUUUACUGGACAUAGAAGAUUGGUGGAAGAAAUUUUGGAAAGUUAUGAUCCUACAGAGGAUUUGCAUCAGGGAUGGGUCGGGAUGAGAAAAAGUCAGGCCAUGGUUCGGUGCCGGGGAUGGGAAGAAUCCUUAGAGAUUGGCCGGAUCGGGAUUGGGCAAGUUCCUAUAUUUCGGAAAUUUCCCCUUUCGGAAACAUCUCUUUUGCGGACAGAACUUGCGGACUUUUGGAACAUAAAGGAAAGGAACCGUUUUUUUGUAUUUUUUAAAAAUUAUUUUUUAGUUCACCCUCGUAGAGACUUUAGAGAAUCAACACGAGUCAAUUUGAGCAUGUCUCUAUACCAAAUAUUGGAAGUGGAUGAACGUAAACAAAGCAUUGUUGUGAACGUGUGGAUGUUUUUGGAUUGGGACCCAAACAAAUUCGAAAUGAUUAACAAAACAAUUGUGCCUUAUCAACAAAUAUGGGUGCCUGAUACGAUGGACAGACGAAGUACUGAGGCUUUAAUGAAUGCAAUUGUUGAGAACUGUAGUUUCAUCAUCUCUUCUUGGACUCAUGAUAGUGCCACAAUUAAUUACCAUUAUGAAAGGCCAACAGUUAAUUUAUUAAAUUUUGCCCAAAAUGAUGAGUGGACUGUUAUCAGCUUUAAUUUUGAGAGAAUUGAGCAACAAUUCAAAUGUUGCAAGAAUCCGUGGACUAUGCUUUAUGCUCAUUUGUCAAUUUGGUACUGCCCACAUCUAUCAUUACAGUCGUUGCAGUCACUGGAUUUUUUACACCUUCUUCAAGCAGCAGCGAAAGAGAUGAAAAGCUUUAUUUGGGAAUUAAUACUCUGA